AGUGGCGAGAAGGACUGCCUAGAGGCAGACACUCACCAUGGGGCGCCUGGAGGUUCUGGUUCUUGGCCUCACCUGCUGCUUGGCAGCAGCUUAUGCUGCAAAGCUGGGUGCUGUGUACACAGAAGGAGGUUUCGUGGAGGGCGACAACAAGAAGCUCAGUCUCUUGGGUGGUGACUCGGUUGACAUCUUCAAGGGCAUCCCCUUUGCCACCGCCAAGACCCUGGAGAAUCCCCAGCGUCACCCUGGCUGGCAAGGAACCCUGAAGGCCAACAACUUCAAGAAACGAUGCCUACAGGCCACCAUCACCCAGGACAACACCUAUGGGCAAGAAGACUGCCUCUACCUCAAUAUCUGGGUCCCCCAGGGCAGGAAACAAGUGUCCCAGAACCUGCCUGUAAUGAUCUGGAUCUAUGGAGGUGCCUUCCUUAUGGGGUCUGGCCAGGGGGCCAAUGUCCUCAAAAACUACCUGUAUGACGGGGAAGAGAUCGCCACUCGGGGCAAUGUCAUCGUGGUCACCUUUAACUACCGUGUUGGACCCUUGGGUUUCCUUAGCACCGGGGAUGCCAACCUUCCAGGUAACUUUGGCCUUCGAGAUCAGCACAUGGCUAUCGCCUGGGUGAAGAGGAACAUUGCAGCCUUUGGGGGGGACCCUGAUAACAUCACCAUCUUUGGGGAGUCUGCCGGAGGUGCCAGUGUCUCUCUGCAGACCCUCUCCCCAUACAACAAGGGCCUCAUCCGGCGAGCCAUCAGUCAGAGUGGUGUGGCACUGAGCCCCUGGGCCAUCCAGAAGAACCCACUUUUCUGGGCCAAAAAGAUUGCUGAGAAAGUGGGAUGCCCCACAGACGACACUGGCAAGAUGGCUAGGUGUCUGAAGAUCACAGACCCCCGGGCCUUGACAUUGGCCUACAAGCUGCCCUUGAAAAGCCAGGAGUACCCCAUAUGGCACUACCUGGGCUUCACCCCUGUUGUUGAUGGAGACUUCAUCCCUGAUGACCCCAUCAAUCUGUACGCCAAUGCCGCCGACAUUGACUACUUAGCUGGCAUUAACAACAUGGAUGGCCACCUUUUUGCUACUGUUGAUGUACCAGCCAUCGACAAGACCAACCAGGAUGUCACAGAGGAGGAUUUCUACAGGCUCGUCAGUGGAAACACUCUCAACAAGGGCCUUAAGGGUGCCCAAACCACUUACGACCUCUACACUGAGUCCUGGGCCCAGGACCCGUCCCAGGAGAACAAGAAGAAGACAGUGGUGGCCUUUGAGACUGACAUCCUCUUCCUGAUACCCACAGAGAUGGCUCUGGCCCAGCACAGAGCCCAUGCCAAGAGUGGCAAUACCUAUUCUUACCUGUUUUCCUACCCUUCACGGAUGCCUGUCUACCCUAAAUGGAUGGGGGCUGACCAUGCCGAUGACCUCCAGUACGUCUUCGGAAAACCCUUCGCCACCCCAUUGGGCUACCGGGCCCGAGACAGGACUCUCUCCAAGGCUAUGAUUGCCUACUGGACCAACUUUGCCAGGAGUGGGGAUCCCAACAUGGGCAACUCACCCGUGCCCACACACUGGUACCCUUAUACCACGGAGAAUGGCAAGUACCUGGACAUCACUAAUGAGAUAACUAGCACUUCCAUGAAGGAGCACCUAAGGGCCAACUUCCUGAAAUACUGGGCUGUGACAUACGAGGUGCUGCCCACAGUGACUGAUGGCGAGGACACCCUCCCUCCCUCUGAAAAUGACUCAGAGGCUGUCCCUGUGCCCCCUGUGGAUGACUCAGAAGCUACCCCUGUGCCCCCUGUAGAUAAUUCCCAGGCUGCUCCUGUUCCACCCACAGAUGACUCUGUGGAGGCUCAGGUGCCUGUCGCCAUUGGCUUCUAAUGUCUUGUAAGCCUUGGCCUCAGGGUCCUCUUCUUAGCUCUUUCUUAAUAAAGCCUCAGCUUUGCCCACC